CAAGCCAGGCUGUUUAUUAACCAAUUACAUUCAAAAUGCUUUAAUAGGCACCCAGUUCACAAAGUGGAGAGAUCUGGUUUAGGAAGGCAAAUUAGAUGGUAGCAGUUGUUUGCCUGUAUAUAUGUGUGUCCAAGCAGCCGUGCCCCUAAUGACUUCAAGCCUGACUGCAUUAAAGUUAUCAAAGCAUCUGAAUGUGGUGUAAUGAGCCGUGACCGCAGUAAAGAAGGCUAAAUCAAAUCUCUAGUUAAGGUGUCAAUAUGAGAUCACCAGUAACCGUAUGAAAACAAAUUCUGAGCUUUUUCUAACACAAACUUCAGUAUUCUAUAAUAUUAUGGCUGUAAAUAGAUAUGUUAAAGAUGCUCUCAGUGUCAAAAGGUUCAGGGUUUUCCUUUAACUUGUCACCGGUCUGGAUUUUCUAAUACUGCAGAGGUGUUAGGGUGUGUACUACCACAUGCCACAUCCCCAGUUUCACUCUCAGCCAGCGGCACCUUUGUUACCUGUGUUUACUCGUUUACUGUCUGUUUCUACAGCAACUAUUCAAUUACAUCCCAAAAAUAAAAUAUCUUAAAGAAAAAGCUUAGCUAAGCAAAGAGAAGAGUCAGUCUACCUCUACUUUAGAACAGUCCACACACAUGUAUGUAUUUAUAUUUAUCAUUUAAUUAUUUUUGUCCUGAUCUUCGUGUCACGAAAGAGCUUUUAAACACAAUAAAACAUCUUGCUUAGAUGUCUGGCUGGCUGGUUAUCAGAUAGAUGUGCAAUAAGCAAUAAGGAAGACAAAUCAGUUAUUCAUUAACUCUGACAGACUUUACACUCCCUGCAGUUGGAAGCCAAUUCACUCCGUUUGCGGUAUAUUUACAAAAGAUCCAGGCUUUAGUUUGGUACGAGUGUUGAGAUGAAUGACGUGGAAGACGACGUUGAGAUCUCCUUUCCAGUAAAGUUUCUCGGUCGAGUAGAGGUGGUCCGCCCCGAUGGAAUACAGAUCCUGGAAGAAGCCGCUCAGAACCUCAAGACUUCAGAUGAAUUCUCCUCUGAGAAAGCUGCAAAGAAGAGCAAAGUCCAUCUGUUCCUGUCUCUGAGUGGGAUAGACAUUUUGGAAAACAAAACCAAGUUCCUAUUGUACUCGUGCAACCUCUCUACUAUUUCCUUCUGUGCUGUCCAUCCUUCUUCACCCAAAGUUUUUGGGUUUGUGGCCAAGCACCCUGCAGCGGACACGUACCACUGUUAUCUGUUUCAGAGCGCAAAGUUUUCUCACGUGCUGGUCUCAGUUAUUGGGGACGCCUUUCGGGUUUCAAAGAAGGAGGAGACACACAGAGUAGGACGAGACAUAAAAGUGGAGGCACUCCAACAUAAGAAUAAAAUGCUGCAAAGAGAGAAUGAUAAGCUGAAGAGGAGGCUUGCAGGAGAAACUGAUGACUGAUGAUUGCAUACAAUGUUGCUGUUGUGGGUACAUAUAAGUACACAACGAGCGUGAGAGACUGCUUCCUAUUAAAUUUUACAUGAUGCUGAAAUGUCUGUAAUUUUCUUUUCUUUUUUUUCUUAUUCAGCGUAGAAUCCAUUUUAGCUGCUUUACCCAAAUCCUUUCUACUAGAUGGCAGCAGCGAGUUGUCAUUCUCACUGUUGGCAAGUCUCUGGAUGCGUUCAAAUGUUUUAAAAACAUAAUAAAUAUUGCACUUAAUUGUUUCACUUACAGUUAAAAAUAAAAAACAAGCAAACAAAUGCUUUAACAUCACUCAGAACACUUUGAGAUGUUUGAUGAAGUCUGUAAUUUUAAAGAGCUGCCUUGUAAGAAAUAAAAAUGUGUUUCAUUUAAA